AUGAGAGCAAUGGGAUAUUUUCCUUCUGAAACAGAAUUGUCAAAUAUGCUAUACGAAAUGUUCACCAGAACAAACGAUUCUACCACAAUGGCAUUCGAAGAGUUUGUUAUUUUGUAUUUGAAUUAUAAGCCACAGUUAAAAAUUAAAUGUGAAGAACUUCGUGUGGCGUUCAACGAAUUAAUACAAAAUGACCAAUUUGUAAACGCUUACGGAGAAAACAAUAUACUGACUAGGGAAUCGUUUGUACACAUGAUGAAAAAUAAAGGUGAAAAAAUCAAUCCUCGCGAAUUAGAAAUUAUUUUGAACACAUUACUAAAAACAACAAAAGACAUAUCGUCAGGUUUAAAUCAUAACGCCGACUUGAUUCACUUGAUUUUACCGUUCACAUACACUUUUGAAGAAAUGUUCUCAGAUUUAUUAGGAUUCCAAAGCACAGACUGA